AACGGGGCGAAAAGAGCGUAGACUCAUGCCCCUCUCACCGUUGGCUUGCGAUGCCGCAGGAUUAUGGAGUCGUCAACGUCGGCGGACCAGAAUGCGUCUCCACAAACCCGGGCAUUCUUCCAAUGCGCAGAGUGCGAGCGGAGUUAUUCUCGGGUUGACCAUCUCGCGCGUCAUGUUCGUUCUCAUAUGCAGGAGAAGCCCUUCGAAUGUUCGGUGUGCAACAAGGGCUUCGGUCGCCCGGACCUCCUCAAGCGGCAUGCGCUCGGCCACGAGACCGACGGCCGCAGCAAGAGACAGAAGAAACAGGCGACUCAGUCGUCUCGAGUUUCACAAGCAUGCAAGGCUUGCGCGACUGCGAAGCUGAAGUGCGAGGACGACAAGCCUUGCAAACGAUGUCAGCAAAGGCAAAUCGCAUGCGAGUGGAACGCAGACGGCCGUAUGCGGCGCGCUCCAAGCCAUUCCGCGGAUCUCGCAUCCGCAGAAAAGCAGCAAUCAGGUACAUCUGGCAGGCUGUUGGACCCGCGGGCCGCUAGCGACAUGUCAGACAGAGAAUCACAGACGGACGUCGACGCGAUAGACCCUGUGUUGCUAGGCACUGUGCAACUGCCAACUCCAGAAAUUACGACGUCGCAACCGCAGCCCUCUGCGCCCAUGGCAGCCGAAGAUAGCUUCUUCCCCGACUUUCUCAAGGACGUCUUGACGGACGACUUGGAUCAAUUUGCCAUGCCAAAUGCUCAUCAGUGGCAGCACCAGGGCAUGGGACCACGCGAUGUCCUUGAUUUUGCUGGCGAGGCAAAUUGGGAUUUCGAGACAGCAGACUUCAACAUCCUAGAAGCGCUGAACGGCAGGCCUAUCGCUAAUCUCCAAUUCUAUCCGGAUCCCUCGGAGCUCGGCCAGGCUAUCGAUCAGGGUGGGCAUCUGCCCCAUUCGCAAGGCGGAACCGACACUCCCAAGCGAGUCGCCCUUGGGACCAAGGCAUUCGAGAAGUCAUCCUUUGGGCGCUGGAGACCAGGCAAGAAAGAUUCGGCGUUUUCCGAACAGCACAAUCUGUCCCUACCCAGAGAACAGUCAGGCUCUCCCGACACCCGGCUAAGAUGCGAGCGACCCCUUCUACGAGAAAGCUUAGACCAGAGUGCAAGGGAUCAGAUACUUGCGCUGGUCCUCAGUACGUGUGAGCCUGCCAACGUGUCGCGAGUGGCUGCUUCAUUCCCAACUGUCGAACUCUUGGACGACCUCUUGCAGAGCUUUUUCAUCCGACAAAGCUCGCAAACCGACUGCUUCAUCCAUGUUGCUAGCUUUAACCCAAGCCAAGCCAAGCCCGAAGUGCUUACCGCAAUGGUAGCUACAGGUGCCGUCCUCAGUGGCGUCAGGCCUCUCCAAAAACUUGGAUUUGCAAUUCUUGAAGCUGUGCGAGCGGCUAUCCCGAAGCGUUGCGAGGAAUGCAACGCGGUGACAAGACAGCUUUGGAUCCUUCAGGCGUUUAUGCUUCAGCUGGAAGUGGGGCUUUGGAGCGGUAAUAGACGCAAGAUGGAGCUUUCCGAAAGCCACCUCCAAAUCCUCGUCACCAUGAUUCGCAGGGCCGGAAAGCUUCAAAGGGACAAGCGACUACCAGUCGCUCCUUUACCGCAGGACGCCGGGGAGGAUUUGCAGCGCAAGUGGCUAGAAUGGGUUGAGCGAGAGUCUGUUAAGCGACUCGUUUUCCAUGUCUUCCUCUACGAUGCCCAGUCCUCGAUGUCGUUACUCGCCAAUCCGCUGGUAUCCUACGCCGAAGUUGCCAUCGCGUUGCCCGAAUCCAAAGAAUUGUGGGACGCAGAAGACGCAGAGCAGUGGAAGGCAAUCUAUCUUUCUCGACGCGAACCUGCCCCAGAUCGGCUCCCCUCUCUAGUGGACUGCAUCCAGGAGCCUGCUUCCAUCGUCUCUUCCCAAGCCUUUUGUGAUGCCCAUUUCUCGACUUUGAUAUCUCUACAUGCCUUCUGGGGAAUGAUCUGGGAGUACAAUCAAAUGGACUCUAUCACCAAGAACAGGACGGGUCAGAGCAACGACUCGCUCUUCAUGCCUCUCCGCAACCAGGGUCUCUGCCGGACUCUCCAAUAUUUUCGGAUGAGCAUGUCGGAAUGCAAGGUUCCACCUUCGCCAGAAUCAAUGCUGGUUCUCGACAUUUUGCUCAUGUAUCUUCAUAUGAGCCUUGAGGAGAUCCAGCUUUUCGCAGGUAAAGAAGACAAGGAUGAGGCACGCCGAGUCUUCCCUUCUCUGCAGCAGUGGGUCGAGUCGUCUGGUUCACGUCAGGCAAUAUGGCACGGUGGCCAAGUCCUUCGUGCCGCCAAGACCUUUCCGCGUAACCAGCUGCGAAACUUCUAUGCAAUAGCGGUCUACCACGCUAGCAUUGCAUUUUGGGCGUUCGGCGUCAUAUCACAGGCCAAGACGAAUCGCCUGCAGAAUACAGGUAGUUUCACAGACGUCUCCGAGGGCGUCGUGCAACCGAUCUGGCUGGACGGCAGUGAGACGCCCGACGUUCAGCGCUUCAUAGCUCUCGGCCGAGGCAAUCCUGGUAUCUGUGCUCUGCCGAGUCCAAAUAGAACUAACCCAACUCUGGUACCGUUGACGGAUCCAGAGGCUGUGAUGGACAUCAUGUUGGACACGUUGCGGAAGAACUGCGUGGGACAGGCACCAGACGAGGCGCUUCCUCCACUCGUCGAGAACCUUGCGCAGUUGAUGAGAGAUCUGGGCAAGGCGGCCGAAGCAAUGGGUCGAUGAAGGAGAGCAUUUCAAGCCCUCAGAGCCUUUGGCCACUGCUGCUCGUGCAUCAUGGCACUGGGCUGAACUCCAACAAUGCCCUCCACCUAAUCCGCCGCGCUUUCGUUCCAACUGCUCAGUCUAUGGCCGGCUGGGGAGCUUCGCCUCUUCUGGACCUCAUUGACACGGUUAUCUACACGGUCUAGGUGUGUGCCGGAUGGGACCGCCUGCUCGAGAGCUUCAAGGCGCUAAUCGGCUGCUGGCGGGGUUUCUAGGCCGUCAUAACGUUCGAGGAGGAGGUUCUAUUCUGUCGCGGGCGUUGGGAUCCUGCUCAAGUGCGUGGGAUAAUCGGUGUCUGCUUCCUGUUGGGUUUGCUUUGUUAGCUACUUUCCAGGCGGCCGCAGUGGCGCGCUGCUGGGCAAGUGGUAUACGUACUCCACGGGCCCGUUGGCGGAAUUGGUG